GCGGUGUCCCGGGAGGGGCGGCGGCGCCCACGGUGCGACCCCCGGGGGCCGCGGGACCCCCGCGGAUUUCCCCCCCCCCCCCAGGGCCAGGAGCUGCCGCUUGAGCCCUGCGGGCCGCCGUCCUGCCCGCACCCGACAUGGCGGCCCCGGCCUCACGCCCCGCCCGCGCCCCGCUUCCGGCCCGCGCCCAGCGGGAGCUUCCGCGGUCCGGCGGCCGGGAGCGCGGGCCGGGCCGGGCCAUGCGGGGCGCGGGCGGGACGGGGCCCGGGGCCCCCCUCGUCGCCUGCCCCUGGGGCUGCGUGCUCGGUGCCGGCGGCUGGAGCGGCGUGCCCCCGUGCCCCCUGCACUUCCUGCGCGGUGCCGCCGAGGCUGAGAGGAGGAUGCGGCAGGUGCAGGCUGCCUGCCCCCCGCUGCACCGCACGGCGCCGGGACGAGGCCCCGCGGAGCCGCUGCCAGGCCAGGGCCUCUCCUGCCCCAGCCAGCCGGAGUCCAGCGAGGAAGAGGAGGAGGAGGAGGAGGAGGAUGAGGAGUGGAUGGGCUGCGCCCGGGGCUACGGCAGCCCGGCCUUCCACUUGCACGGCACCAACAACCCCGUCCUGCGCGGGGCUCCGCUGCCUGCGUACCCCGUUCCCAACUUUCUGAACCUGGGCGUGCACGGCCUGAACCCGUCCUGGAGGCACCAGGUCACAGCGGAGGAAGCAGAGAAGAAUGCAAAGGAGCUGGUGGCAGAGGAGGAGCGAAUAAAGAAGAAAGCGGAGAAAAAGAAAUUGAAGAAGAAGAAGCAGAAGGACAGGAAGAAGCAGGAAAAGUUAAAACAAGAGCGAAAAAGCAAGCAGGAGGCUGAGUCGAAUGCCUCGUCUCUGAACGGCGCUGCUCCCGGCAAGGCUGGUGGUGCCGAGGAGGAGAAGGGCUGCUCAGCCCCCAGCCCCUCUCAGAGCCUCGGGGAUGAUGCGGAGGAGGGAGCGGGGGACCAGGGUGGUAGCGUGGAGGUGGCAGAGGACGAGCUGGAUUUGAGCUGCACCUUUGUCUUCAAAGCUCGGCAGAAAGCAGGCGUGAAGCUGCAAGUGCCUGAGAAGGAGAAACCGACCCAACCCAGUGCUGUAGAGCCCAACAAGGGGCCACAGGAGACAGAGCCCUCACCCCCGCUGCCGUGCUUGGCUGCCCCACAGGCACCUGAGCCCCCGCUGCCGUGCUUGGCUGCCCCCCAGGCGCCUGAGCCUGUGCCCCUGGACACAAGCGUGGUGGAACAGAGCCUGAUGCUUGCAGGCCACGGCAACGAGGCCGCCCAGAAGGGCUACUACGAGGAGGCAGUGCGGGCCUUCACCGAGGCCGUGAGGCUGAACCCCAGGGAGCACCGGCUCUUCGGGAACCGCUCGUACUGCUACGAGAAGCUCCAGCAAUACGAGGAGGCCCUCAGGGAUGCGCAGAUGUCCCUCAGCCUCCAGCCCAACUGGCCCAAAGGCUUCUUCCGCAAGGGCAAAGCCCUGCGGGGGCUGAAGCGCUACGCCGAGGCCGUUAGGACCUUUGAGGAGCUGCUGCGGCUGGAUGGAGCCCACCCUGACGCGGCCGCCCAGCUGCAGGCCUGCCGGGUGCUGCUGCAGCAGAGCAGCGCCCACACAGCUGACGGCCCCGGGGGCGUCCCCGUGCUGUCCCUGCUGGAAGAUGGGGAGCCGCCCCUGCCCGAGGAGUGGGUGAACGGGAGCUGCAGCGACACCGACAUGAGUGGCUUUGUGACCGUGGUGAAAUCGAGGAGCCACUCGAAAAGCCAGGCCCGGGCCACAGCUGCAGCGAGCACCAAGCAGCAGCAGCAGCUGCCUCCGCAUCAUCCUGCCAGGGACUGCUACCCGCUGUGGGUUGGGAACAUCACCUCCAGGAUCACCGAGAAGGUGCUGCGGGACUGCUUCAGCCGGUUUGGGAAGAUCCAGUCCAUCCGGAUGCUCCCAGGCAAACGCUGUGCCUUCAUCAACUUCAAGCAGAAGGCAGCAGCAGAGGCAGCCUACGAGGACAUGCUGGACGCUGACCUGGAGGGAAGCAGGCUGGUGCUGCAGCUCAAGCACCCCUCCCACGCCACGCCGAGCCCCUGGCAGCGCCCCUAGGCCUGCUGCGAGGGGGGUGCCCUCCCCGGGGGGCUCCUGUAGCCAGCAAACCUCGACAGCUCACGGGGAGCAGAGCCAGGCCCCCUGUGGGGGGAUGCUGCCCCCCUGUACACUGGGACCCCAUCCAGGGGCUGGCCCCACCGGACUGCAGCCCCAGCACCACCCCGCUCCGCGGCACCCGGCCUCGCGCCCUGGGGAGCCAGCAGGAGCACGGACCCCUCCCGGCAGGGCUGUGGCCGCGGGGCUGUGACCUCUUGGGAUGUUUUCCCCCAGGAGCCAAGGAGUGAGCACAGCUGGGUUUGGGCACUCCCUGCUCUGGUUUCAGCCCCAGUCUGCUGCUUCGUGCCCCCCAUCCUGCAGCAGCAGCUCCUGGCUGUGUGCUGAGUGCUCGGAGCUGGUCCCCAGCCCUGGGAGGAGCCGGGGGCACCCUGCAGGGUGCCUUCUCCGGGCCUCAGCGGGCUGGGGGGGCCCUGCCCACCCCCUCUCUCCCUCUGUAGCAGCAGCCCCGGCCCCUGUCCUGGUGCUGCCGUGUGCUGGGCUUGUUCCCAGCCCAGGGCCCUACCUCCUGCCACCCGGCGUGACUGUGCCUUGGGGGCUUGCCCCCCUCCAUGGGCUCUGGAGCCCAGGGCCCGUGCUGCCCCGGGGGCUGCCCACGGAGCUCCCUGUGCCCAGGGGCCCUGCACGCAGCAGGGCUGGGCCCUGCCCCACAGCAGCAGAUGCUGCCUUCAGGGAUUUGUACCUGCUUUGGGUUUCUUAAUAAAACCAAGAGCCAGACGUG